GAAACCGGAUUCUUUUGUUCGCCACUGAUGCCAAUCUUCAGAGACUGUGUGCAUCCUCGACUGUGUAUAGUGAUGGGACCUUUUAUUCCUGUACAUCUCUAUUCACCCAGCUUUACACUUUGCACGCAGAUGUGGAAGGAACAGUUUUCCCUCUUGUGUUUGCCUUGCUCCCCAACAAGACUGAAGCAACUUACCACCGUUUGUUUUCACUCUUGAGGACCGCAGUCAACGAACGACAGUCUGCGCUCACGCCUGAAACUUGGAUGAUUGACUUUGAGGUGGCAGCCAGAAAUGCAGUAGGAGGGAUAUUUCCAAAUACGACAAUUCGAGGGUGUUUUGUCCACUACACACAGUGUAUCUGGAGGAAAGUUCAAAACUGCGGUUUGACCACAGAGUUUCGAGAAAAUGAGGAGUUCCACCGACUAGUUAGAAGAGCAGGCGUCCUUCCUCUGGUUCCCGGUCACCGUGUGGAAGAUGUGUGGUUCCAGGCCUUGGAGGAUAGUGAUGACCAGACCGCUCCUGUGAUGCGAUUCAAGGACUAUGUGACAGAAACCUGGGUUGAAGGACACCUUGAAAUGUGGAACCACUUCGACCAUGACGGCCCAAGAACAACAAAUGCAGUUGAAGGAUGGCACAACAAGUUCAACAGAAUGUGUAGACGGGCCCACCCAAACAUCUUUGUGUUUCUAGAAUUACUUCAAAAGGAACAGGCUGCAAAUGAGGCAAAGAUCAUCCAGAUUACAGCAGGUGGAGUUGUCCGUCCCAAAAAAAGGAAGUAUCGUCAGUUGGAUUCCCGUCUUCAGAGUCUCAAGAACAGGCUUCGUCAAGGUGAAAUGGACUUAAUGGCUUACGCGGAUGCUGCAUCUCAUCUCGUUCACUUCGAGUGAAAUGAGAAAAUGAUUGUGUAAUGUUGUGAAUAUUUCUUUGUGGGAACAAUAUUUAUUUUAUAUUGUCUAUCCUAAGAAUGUAAUCAUCAUACUACAGUUGAUCUUAUUAAAUGUGAAAAGUGAAAAUGUUGUGAAUAUUUCUGUGCGGGAAUA